AUGAUAACCCCUCCCUUGACAGUGCCAAUUGCAGGUUUCGAAGAGAGGCUUGGAUGUAGCAUCUUUUCCAUCCCUCCUUCCCCGAAAAUUUGGUCCGUCCAUGGGUCAAUGUACGAUCGCGAAGGUGGAUGCAUGAGCGCUAGAAAAGCCAGCAAGGACUCGAUUUUGCAAACCUGGAUAUCAUCUUGGAGGAGGACCUGCCUGGAGGCGCGCGCAGACCUCCAAACUUCUGGUGCCAAGCUGUUUGAUGCUUACCUAAUCCUUAGCUCAAUGCACAACCAUCCUGCUUUGAAGUCACUGAUUUACCUCUUGGUAUCUCAAGUCAAACUAUUCCGAUUCACUUGGUUGAUGAGCCCGGUCGAUUCACAUUUCCGGUCAGCUGCUGAAGCGCAAGUUACCUCAGGUCCAAGGUAUAUUGAUUGCCUUCAACCGUCUACACUGAUCAAGAGCAGUGGAAGAUUCUGCACCGCUGCUCACUUUGAUCUGAACAAGGCGAGCUUCGAAGUGUAUGCAACUAACACGCAACCACCGACACCGCAGAAGUUUGGAAUCGACUUCCAAUGGAUGCGCGCUUCUACUUUCCCAUGGCUGAUUCACUCUCACCCCCACUACACACGAGAGACAACCUCGCAAUUCGCAUUGACCAAGAUUAAGCCGAUGGCCGCCGAUCAAGAGACCAAGUCGCAUGAAUUAGUGGCUGAAAGUAAGGACACGGGGUUGCAACGCGAUAGCACGUUCUACCAAGACACUGUUGUCUUUCGGGUUGAGGGUACACUGUUCAAAGUUCCACGUCGUGGAUUUGAAAGUGGAUCCGGUGUAUUUGCCACGAUGUUUACCCUACCGUCGGUCCUUGAAAAAGAAAAAGAAGGUCAAAGUGACGAAACGCCCAUCAUCCUAGAGGGAAUAAAGAAAGAUGAUUUCCGGAGUCUCUUGCAUCUAAUGUAUCCCAUAGGACCAGGGGAUCCUGAUGUUCCUCGAAAUGGGUUAAUUUCAGCUCUUCAUCUGGCCACUAUGUGGGAUCUCAAUGAUGUUCGUCAACUCCAAUUUUUAUUUGGCGUGGCUUCCAAAUCAUCAUACAACUUUGAAGAUCCGUCGUUACGCAAUCGCACGUUUAGAUUCAAUGCCACUGAGUUCAUUGGAAAAGGUCAUCCUCGCAAAACAAGAAAUGGUGCAGAGCUGGUUGCUGAGUGGGAAAUUGACGCCCUCGAUUGGGAGACAAUUGCGAAAUUGUUUUUUGUUCAAAAGCAAAUAUCUCCACCGCAAUGUGAACGUGGCGUGAACCAUUACCAAUAUUGCAAUUGUUGCGGGGAUACUGUCAGAACAACCUGUUGCAUCAAGGAGAAAACACCGAUGGAUAUCACAGCGUCCCCUAUUGUCAAGUAG